AUGGAUACGAUCCUAAAGCCAGAAAAGUUUAGUGUAGAUCCAAACUCAUCAUCUGCAAGUAAGGGUUGGACACAUUGGCACAAAACAUUUCAGAAUUUUGUUACCAGCAUCACACCACAACCAUCCGACUCCGAUAAACUCAAAAUACUUAUAAACUUUAUUACUCCGGAAAUCAACGAGUACAUAAGUGAAAGCGAUCUUUGUGCAGAUAUAAUUGUUGGACAUGAUAUUUUGAAAAACCAUGCAAGUAUUAAAGUAGUCUUUGGUGGCAACAAGUCACAACUAACCUUACAAGACACUUACGCCUAUCUUGAUGAUGUCACAAUCUGUGGAAAAACACAAGAACAACACGAUAUAAACUUAAAAAAGUUUAUCGAAGCUGCAUCCAAAUACAACCUAACGAUUAAUAAUGAGAAGUCUUCAUUUUCACUGCGAUCAAUCAACUUGUUGGGCUAUCAUAUAUCAAACAAAACUAUCAAGCCUGACCCCAGUCGACUAGAUCCUUUGAAAAAUUUACCUCCACCCAGAGACACCGCAUCACUGAGGAGGACCCUUGGUAUGUUUUCACAUUAUGCAUCACUUAUACCAGAUUAUGCUACCAAAGUGAUUCCACUUGCACGUACUACAUUCCCUUUGUCCAAAGCAGGGCUCCAGUCUUUCGAAACUAUAAAAAGUGAAAUCAUCAGAUCUGUAGUAAGCUGCAUUGACCCUGAAGCACAGUUCAUCGUAGAAACUGAUGCAUCUGAGAGUACCAUUGCUGCUACUUUGACUCAAUCAAACCGUCCAGUCGCAUUCUUCUCAAGGAUACUUUCUCCAGCAGAACAUAGACAUUCAAGUGUCGAAAAAGAAGCACAAGCUAUUGUGGAAGCACUGCGGAAAUGGCGUCACUAUUUGGUUGGUAAACAUUUCAAGCUGAUUACUGACCAGAGGUCGGUUUCUUUUAUGUUCGAUAACAACCGUCAUGGCAAAGUGAAAAAUGAAAAGAUAAUGAGGUGGAAACUGGAAUUGUCGUGCUUUCAUUAUGAUAUUGUAUAUAGACCCGGUAAAGAUAAUAUGGCUGCAGAUGCCCUGACUAGAGUAUGUUCUUCAAUCCAAAAUCAAGAAAAACUGUUGAUUGAUUUACAUGCGAAUCUAUGUCAUCCAGGUGUGACACGUUUGUACCACUGGGUUCGAAGUAAAAACUUGCCCUACUCGAUUGAUGAAAUCAGACGAAUAACAAACUCCUGCAAUGUGUGUGCUGCUGUGAAACCUAGAUUCUUCAAACACAAAGGGAUUUUGAUUAAAGCCACUUCUGCAUUUGAACGGCUAAAUAUCGAUUUCAAAGGCCCGCUGCCUUCAUCAAGUCGAAACCGUUACUUACUAGUAAUAGUAGACGAGUUUUCACGGUUCCCUUUCGCUUUCCCUUGUUCAGACAUGUCAUCGUCAACAGUUAAGUCGAAACUAAAAACAUUAUUUUCUACUUUUGGGGUUCCUAGUUACAUACAUUCGGACAGAGGAACAUCAUUUAUGAGCCAAGACUUAAAAAGCUACUUGAACUCACUUGGAAUCUCAACUAGUAGAACCACUGCGUACAAUCCAGCAGGUAAUGGGCAAGUUGAAAGGUAUAACGGCAUUCUAUGGAAAACAAUUGAACUGGCGUUGAAAUCACUUAACUUAGAAAUAAACCAAUGGGAGACAGUUUUAGAGGAUGCCCUCAGCUCAGUGAGAUCAUUACUUUGCACAGCCACAAAUCAAACUCCUCACGAGCGUAUGUUCUUACAUCCACGUAGAUCUGGGAACAAUGGUGUUUCAGCUCCUUCAUGGCUUCUCAAUUCCGGCCCUGUCUACUUGAAGAGAUUCAAUCGUACGUCCAAGUAUGAGCCCCUUGUUGAAGAGGUCCAACUUCUUCACGGGAAUGCCGAGUAUGCUCAUGUUAAGUUGCCUGACGGAAGAGAAACUACCGUGUCUACACGCCAUCUUGCUCCGGUUGGUGAGUACCAAACCGACAUAGAGCAAACAGAUUUUGAGAGUGAUGAAAAUAUUCUAUUACCCACUUCUCAACCUGAAUCUGAAUACUUUCCUAGUCCAUCAUCAACAGAGAACCAAGAAGAUGAAAUGAAUACUACUGCCGAGAAUUUACAACCUAGACAAGAAGCUUCUAGAGGAGAGAACCAUAACACAUAUCCGAGAAGAAGUUUCAGAAGCAGAAGACCUCCUAAUUAUUUAAAUGACUACGUUCAUUAA